AUGCCGUGCUUCGUGCCGUUCAACGGAAAGAAGAUGGAUCUGAGCUUCUUCGUGUUCCGGCACGUUGGUGUGUUCGCGGAGGAGCUAAUCGAGGCGCUCAAGUUCUUCUCCUUCUUCUGCGAGGAUCUCGGCUGCAUCUACAGCGCCACCUUCAAGAGCAUCCAUGGUAACAUGGUAAGCCGUGUAGGGUACCUUCUCCUUCUUCGCGGCCGAAUUCUCUGUUGGGCAGAGUUGUUUAAACUUUUUUUCUUCCUCCCUUCCUGAUUAGAUUGUCUGGUAUGGAGCGUGGGUAAAGAGACCCGAUGCGCAGAGGAGGUUGCUCAUCGAUCACCUGGUAUGGUCCUCUGCAACUUCAAAUGUUGGUUUUUAACCAAGAAUUUAUUUUUUGCUGCCUGAGAGAGAGAGAGAGAGGGAGAGGGAGGGAGAAAGGGAGGGGGAGAGAUAAGUAGAUAGAUAGGUAUAUAUAUAUAUAUCAAGAGAGAGAGAGAGAAACAGAGAAACAGAGAGUGUGUGUGUAAGAGAGAGAAUGAAAUUUAGCUACCAUGUAUUUUAACAGUGCUUUCAAUUCAAUCUUCUCACACCGAGAAACCCUAUUCUCAGAUAUCGGUGUUAGAGAAGGUCUCGCACUUGGCCGUCCUUCUUGACCACGGGUUCUUCGAGUCGUACGUUGGGGAAUCCAAGGACGGCCGCAGCGCCCUCAGAUUUGUGACCGGCGACACAGUGUCCAUGGCGGCGAUGACUCCCAUCUCCGGCGACCCUGAGAACCUCUCCUACGCCUGCAUGGCCCUGCUCAAGUCCUACUACCUGCAGGAGGACGGCGUAGCGGGGGGCGCCUGCUUCAGCUGCCUGGACAAGCCCAUGGUAGCGAGCAUGCAGGUAUGGAAGUCCCUCCACGACUGCUACGCCUGGCUUAUCAACUCCGACUACAGAACCAACAUCCGCCCCUACCUCUCCCACCUCGCCAACGACUGCGAGUACGAGGUCUUCAACGUCGUUUUCGUGAGCUCCGACGAGCUACUCCCCGUCCAGCUGCUCCCGUCUCCGGCGAAGAUGAUCGACCACAGCUCCAUUGAAGGUGAAGAUGAAAUGGGUGGAAUGGAGCAAGCGGAAUCCUCCUCCUAG